AUGGACGAACCUAGUGAAAUUGAGUACACAAAAACAAACUUUUCUCUGAUAAUUUGGAGAGUUUGCAAUGUAUGCAUGUCAUUGUUCUUUGCUCUAGCAAGUUAUGUGCAGGCAAGUGAUUCCCUUAUUUCGUUACAUUGUUUGAGAUACUUUGUAUCUAUAGCCUACUGUAUUUGGCAUGACCUGUAGGCAUAUCUGCUUCUGUUGAUAACUCAUGGAUUUAGUAGAGUAAUUUAAUGAGAUAACAUGGUGUAUGUCUCUGAAUGUUUGGCCCAACUGAGUAAAUCCCAUGUUUUAUCCUUUGUGUUUUUUAUUGGCACAGAUUAACGAUCCGGAUGCAGUAUUAUGGAUGGUAGGAUCACGCUUUUUUUUUGUUUUCGUUUAAUGUUUUUAAUGAAUUACUAUUAUCAAAGGGCUUUUUUAAUUUUUUUAUACAGUAAUCCACUUUUCUAUCUCCAGGUUGCCUAUGCUAUUCCAGCAAAUCUGUGUUUAUUGGUUGGCAUUAAACCACAUGUAACAGGUAUGUGGACAUUAUGGAUUAAUAGAGAUCCAUCAAUUACUUUUGACUACUUUUCCUAUUAAAUAACAUUUCAAUUUUAACAUUUUGGCCAGUGAAAAAGGCCAUUGACUGUUUAGUGUAUUGUGGCUAUAUCAAGACAGUGUAGUUAAAAGCUAGAAAUAUUCAUGCAUGAGCCUGCAUGCACUGCCCUCUGAAUGUUUAAAUGGUUGAGAGACUGUUUUUCAGAGACAGUACUUUGGAGGAGAAUUGCUCAACUUCAUGUGCUUAUUUCGACUGCUGUUGUUUCCAUGAUGGGAUGGACUCUGUAUAAAGAGGGCAUCACAAAUAUCUUCCAGCAAGAGGAGGGAAGGUAUAGUCUCACAAUCACAAUCGUUUUCUGUUUAGAUGAGCAUUGUGUUCAAUUAUUAUUUUUGGUCACACCUGUUUCUCUCUAUCCCCAGGGAAUUCUCUGGUCUCAUGUUGAUACUUGUCUGGCUUCUACUGUGUCAACACUCUGGAAGGUAAGGACUUUCGACAUAGAUUUGGACCUUAUCCCAACAUGCAAUAACUUCUUUUAAAAAAGUAUCACACUCUGUUGUACAUCACUGAUAUCUGUACUGCUGUAACUAUUUUCUAUUAGUUCUAUUGGGGCUUUCAGACUGUCUGCUGCUGUUGCCAUCACAAUCUUCCCCUUUGUGGCCUGGCUGUACUACUACAUUAACAAGGAGCUGAGGACCAGCUGGCCCUCGCAUUGUAAAAUUGCACUGUAGAUAUCCAUUCAUUAAGAUAGUCCAGUGACGAGUGAGCAACAUCUCAUGCGUGAUGGAUCAUUUACAAGAGGAUAUGACCUAGCUACAGAGGCUUCUACAGUAUGGAAUACUGCUAAUGUGUACAUUUGUAAAUAAAAAAGCCAAUGACGGCAGUCAGUGAAAUCAUGGAUGCAUUGUUUAAAAAGACACGUAUGGUUUAGCAGCGGUGUUUUUGACAUCCAAAUAAGUGACGAAAUGUCAUAAAUUAGAAUAUAUAUUGUAUAUGAUUGACACAUUUUCCUUUUUUACUGGAAUCAUAUGUUUCUCUUUCUGACCAUUUUGUUGUUGUAGGCAACCCAUUGCACUUGUGGUGAUAUCUGGUGGAAUCACAGUAAAAUAAAGCAAUUUAAUAAGAAAUAUAAAUUGAAUUUUUGUAUAAUUUUUUAUUUUUGCAUCAGAAAUCUAAAUUGAAAGAAAUGCAUGUACUGUAGCCUACUCAAGGCUCCAAAUAAUUUGGUAUUUUGAUUUAUCACCACUGGGCCUCGAUAGAUACAGGAGAUAUGCCUUAAAAGUAAUGUAGGCUAUAGCUAAAUCAAACUCCUUUUGUGUUUGGUGCUCCUAACUUGUUAAAGUUGGCAGCAGAAGUAGGCUACUGCCAAUGAAAAAAGUAAAUGUACUGUACUGUAUUUUACGAUAGCUAGAUGUCAAUAGCGCCCAGAGACCACAGCACAAAAAAAAGGACUUAGGGUGCGUAAUUUCCGGUUCUAACAGCCAGAAAUAACUAUGUUCGCCGGCAGGUCCAGGGUCAGCUUAAAUGGUUGCUAUUGCGAGCCACUCGGUCAAUGAGCAUCGUUGUACAUAGUAUACUGAUCCAAGAUCAGGAAUUUGUAUGCGUUUUUACCUUCAUGAUUAACGUUGUGUAAAAUUCUGCCACCACUUCCGCAUUGAGUUCUUGACAAACUAGCUCAACAUCAUGGCAGUGGGCUUAAUAUCGUAUCAGACUUUGAGAUGUCGAUUGUUAAAUCGUAUGAUUUCGCACCAAGGUUGUGAGCACAAUAUGCAGCUUUACACGCGCGUUAUCGAGAAUGACUGUUUCUCCGUACACAGAUCUCUCACCACGGACAGUACACGGGCUGGUAGGUCAUGCAUGGCUCACAACACUCAGACUAUGAUCAAAUGUGUUCGCGGAAUGACUAACAGCUUGAAGACAGAUAUCGUUGUACCUAUCCAUCAUGUUAACAUAUUGUGUGUAUUCAUGCACUGCACAGGUAAACCUAGGCGGGAGUUGGACUUGUAGGACAUCACGGUGGUUGUCUUUUCACGACUCAAGAACAUUCUCCUCGUUACCUCCACCGCCCCCUUCUGGUGAUAAAACCAAAAAGACAGGGGUAUGUAAUGUAUCAAUUAACUUCUGAUUGAUAUGUAAAAUAAUCUGGGGGACCUGAUAAAACCUGGAUAAAACAAAGCACACAGCCUUUUGCUUUGUCUUUAACCUUGUUGCUUUGCCUGUCUCCAUCCAUCUAUCCUCUGCAGCCAGUGACUUGGAAAUCAUUAGCAAUAACAUUUGCAUUUGGGGGUGUUCUCCUUGCCGGAAUGAAAUAUUUCAAGAAGGAAAAAGAAGAAUGUAAGGACAUUUCACCUCUCGGUGCACUCACCAUCAUGCAGUAGGCUACAUCCAACAGUGGAUUUACACAAAUUAAUUAAUGUUCCGAACUGAAGUUCUCCUGGAGAUAAUCAUCAGUGUCUGUACAUGUUGGUAACAAUCUGUUUUACAUGUUGUCUUUUUUACACGUGCACUGCAGUGAUUGAAAGAGAAAGGACAAAGUCAAUGGGGAAACCAGCGCUUGGGGGUCCAUUCUCUCUUGUGGAUCAGAAUAAUAAAUCCUGUAAAAGUGAGGAUUUCCUCGGCCAGUGGGUCCUUAUCUACUUUGGCUUUACACACUGCCCUGACAUCUGUCCUGAUGAAAUCGAGAAAAUGAUUGAGGUGGUGGAUGAAAUAGGUAAAGUGUUUUAUUUUAAACAUCUUUUAUGAUGCAUCAUAUGUCAUGUGAAUUAUUAUGAAUGUCAUGGCAAUUAGAUGGUUGAGUGAGUAACCAGUCAGUCACUCAUAUCAAAUGUCUUCACAAAGCAUAAUGUUAAUGCUAGAACCCAGGGAUGUACUGAAGAUAUGUUGUGAUUAACACCAUGUCUUUCCAUGUUUCCCAGACAGGAUACAGUCUCUUCCAAACCUGACCCCCAUCCUCAUCACCAUUGAUCCUGACAGGGACACACCUGAGGCCAUGGGGACAUAUGUGAAAGGUAAAGAGAACAAGCCAUUAACUACUGUUGCUUCCAUGUUAUGGUAAAAGGGGGACUUAGACUCACAUUGGUGGAACAAUAACAUUCCCCCUCUGUCCUCUAUCCCCAGAGUUCUCCCCUAAGCUCAUUGGCCUGACUGGGACAAUGCCCCAAAUUGACCAGGUCUCUCGAGCCUACAGAGUCUACUACAGCCAGGGACCAAAGGAUGAAGACAACGACUACAUUGUGAGUUCAUCGUCUGAUCCUGCCCUUAUUCAUAACUCUCAUUGGUUCAUAGUAAAGUAGGAAUUCCCACUUUUCCCAGCUGAAUUGAUAUCUAAACGAAACCUCCUUUAUUCUUGAUUGCAGGUUGAUCACACAAUCAUCAUGUACCUGGUUGGUCCAGACGGAGAAUUCAAGGAGUAUUUUGGACAGAACAAGAGGAGCGCUGAGAUUUCCUCUUCCAUUGCAUCACACAUGAGGAAGUACAAGAAGUUGAAUUAAGAGGUGAGAUGAAGGAGAACUUGUGUGCCUCUCUCAAAGCCUUCAGACUGUCAGCAGCCUCUGGCCCAGCAGCCCCUGACCCAGCAGGACUGAACACUGCCAUGUUAUGUCAAUGACAUGGAAUAUUAUCUGGAGUACAGCUUUUAAUGGAAUUCAGAUGUCUACGACUUACCAUUCCAUUUUUGCUGUUCACCAUUUAACAUGGUCUCUAAUAUCAUAUUUAAGUCUAAGAUUAUUUAAAGUGAUUUUUUGCAAAUAGGGUUGGACAACGCUUCAGUGUUUCUUUUUUCUGCUUUGCCCAUUAUUUCAAUCGGUGUGAAAUACAAUUGUUUCGAUGUAAAAUAUGAGAGCCAAACAGAAAUACCGGUACUUGAUUUCAAGUACCCUCAACAAAUGUAACUAUGCUAAAAUGGAGGUGGAAAGUAUUCCUUGGAAAUCAAAUCACAUUUUAUUGGUCACAUACACAUAU